AUGAUGGAAACCGAAGAAGCGGCGGGAAAUCAUGAAAAAGAUCACGAGAAGAAUAGUUCCCAUUCUUCUCCUCAAGAGCAUAGGUCAUUUGCUGAAUUUGCGAAAGAUAAAUUGGAUAGCGCUGGCAGAGAACUGCGCCGACGUCUUCCUAUGGCGGGUCAAAUUGGCGCGCAUUUGAUCCAUCCUCGCCGCCUACUACUACAUUCCACACCCACUCUGCAGACUGAUGUUGUACUUAUAUUUCCUAAAGGUCUUCCAGACAGUAUGCUUCUAUGGCUUCUUCAGAAACUUCGUGGCAGUCGACCCCGGUUACGCGUUUGUGUGCGUCAGCAUGCUUCAUCACAAUGUUCCGCUUUCUACAUCACCGCUGAUGAUGACGUGCUACUUCAAACGGCCGAGGAGGUGCAUCUCCCGAAGCUGUUGAAGCCAGAAUUCGGUGGUGGUUAUAAGGAGUUCACUGUUCGAGACAUGCAUUGCUUUCAAAAGGGCAGUUCGGCGUCUGAAUUACUAAAUUCUCAAGAACGCGGUGCUUUAGUAAAGCACGUCUUGGAAUCGGCACGCGCCGAGCCUGGGGACGAGCACGCCUUGGAACCGGCUCUAACACUGCGACCUGGACAGAGUAUAGUUCCAGCGUGCGUGAGCAGAGGCGUGAUCGCAAGUAUGUUUCCACUUCACGAUCGAGUCGCACUCGAGAGCUUGCGAAAGAAAUGGGUUAAGACACUUUUCUCUCCGCAGCCUCUAGAUGAAAUAAGUGAAUAUUUUGGUGUUAAAAUAGCAAUGUAUUUUGCGUGGCUCGGUCAUUAUACGCAGUCCCUUACUGUACCAGCUGCCGUCGGCUUUAUAUUUUGGAUUUGGUUGGGCACAGCAAACGAUAACUGGAAGGAUAUUGCUUAUGUGCUAUUUUCUCUUUUUAAUGUUUUAUGGGCUUGCGUGUAUUUAGAAACAUGGAAAAGAUAUUCCAACGUUUUAGCGUAUAGAUGGGGAACUUUGGACCAAAGAGAUGACUUGCUAGUUGAACCACGGCCAUUAUUUCAGGGUGAAAUGGGUAUAAGUGCGGUGACGGGGCGACCGGAGCCGCAUUACGCGGCGUGGCGUCGUCGCGUGUGGCGCCACUGCGUGUCGCUGCCCGUCAUGUUGCUGUGCCUCAGCUUUGGUGCGGCCACCACAUUCGCUCUGUUGCGUGCGCAGGACUGGUGGGAGAACACAAUAGUCUACUUCAGUUGGAUACCGCGCGCCUUAUUGGCUGUCAUAAUAGCCGUGGAGGAAGAGGUGUAUGCCCGAAUUGCGAGAUGGUUGAAUGACAAAGAAAACUAUCGACUCGAGACAAAAUAUGAGAAUCAUCUGAUUGUGAAAAUAGCAUUGUUUCAAUUUGUAAACUCGUUUAUGAGUUUAUUCUACAUUGCGUUUUACCUUCAGGAUAUGGAUAAGCUGAAAGAGCAACUAGCUGUGUUACUCAUAACGAGGCAAAUAAUCGGCAAUCUGAAGGAGUCCGCCUUGCCGUAUUUGAUUGAGAAUCUAAGAUUGGCGAAAAUAUGUGUGGACGUGUUUGGUGCGAUGAGUCCUAGUAAAAUACCAACAUCAACACAAAUAACAGAGAUGUUCGAAAAGAGGACUAAUUCGAGCGGGGAACCGCCGGAGACACUACUCAAUGGCGGGGCUGAUAACGAGAUGGAGAGACGAGACUCUGAACCCGUUGUGGGACAGAAGGUCAUACAUCAAGCCGAAUUGGAGUCGCAGUUGUUUAAGUACGAGGGCACGUUCGCGGAGUACCUGGAGAUGCUGACGCAGCUGGGGCACGUGGUGCUGUUCUCGGCCGCGUUCCCGCUGGCGGCGCUGUGCGCGCUGCUCAACAACGCGGCCGAGGUGCGCGCCGACGCCUUCAAGCUGUGCCACGUGGCGCAGCGCCCCUUCGCGCAGCGCGUCUCCAGCGUCGGCAGCUGGCAGCAUGCAAUGGAAGCAAUGGUUGCAGUAGCUGUUUUGGUUAACUGCGCACUUAUCGGACUUUCCGGUCCCGUGCAUAGACUGCUUCCAGAUGCAACGCCCGCACAAACGAUAUUGGUCAUUGUAGCGUUAGAGCACGUUGUCCUCGUUAUAGUGCUAGCGCUUCGUAUCGCGAUACCCGAAAUACCGGCCUGGCUUGCAACAGAGAUGGCUAAAGUGGAGUUUCAGAGGAGAGAGGCCAUUAAAAAUGCUCACGCGCCACUUUUGUCGGAAUGUCCAAGUCAAGACGACGUAAGACCGUCGUCUCGUACUACGCCGCGAACAGUCACACCGACCACACCCAAACAAAACGACAAGCCACCGAAACGUGUAUUCGUUGGCAAGAUACCCGAAAUACCCCCAUUCAGACCAAAAGCGGCGUCUAUAACAGAGCCGGCAGUGAGUACAGGCUCAUUGCAAUUGCUACAAGAUGUCAGCCCUACGAAACCUGUAAGACGUAAGGAAGGUACAGCUGGUCCACCCCUAUCGUUAUUAGGGGUCCGUGGGCUUAGAGACGAGCCGCUACAUCGUUCCGCGCACUGCAUACCUCAUCCUACGCAACAUAGACCUCUGGUGAAUCCUACAUUGCAGGAGCUGUCGGGCAGUGUGAGUGCGGGCGGUUCGGAACCGGAUUUGAACGCGGUACCUUCGGUCGCACCUCCUCAGCCCUCUGUCGAUGCCAGCGCCUCCAGUGAAGAUGACAAGCCCAAGGACAAGGACAAGAGCAGCCGGUCGCGCGCGAAGGCGGCGCUGGUGAAGCGCGUGCGCUCGGUGGCGGUGUUCUCGCUGGGCCUGAAGCGCGCGCGCGAGGCCGCCGCCGACCGCGCGCACGCGCCGCACACGCCCGACAAGCCGCCCGUACCUCCGAUGUUAGGCGGCGAGCUCUCUCUCAUACCAAUAGAACAACUCAUACAAGUAGAAGACGUCAAACCGCGGCCGGCCACGUAA